GCGCUUGUUACCGCUCGUUACCGACGCGUUGUGUGCAAUGGUGGACGAGGUCCGCGAAGACCGCUCGUGCGCGCCAUCGAGCUACCGAAUAUUCCGGCCGUUUCCCCGAUAAGUACGACGGAAUCGCUCGCCGCCAGUGGCCGGUCGUCGCGUCUCGCUCGUCACGAGCGUCAGGUCGCGGAUACUCGUCGCUUCGCUCAGCGUCGCUCGAUCGUGCCACAGUGAUAUCUUGCCGCGCCGUUUUUCGUUCGUUUUGACGCAGGUUUCACCGCGAGAGGACACGGAGGCGACGGCAGCGGGUGAGGAGGCGAGAGAGAGACCGAGAAUCGCGCGCGCGCGCACCGAGAAGCGCCUUCCCUUCUCCCGUGCCCCCCGCCCGAAUCGACGUCGACGACGCCGCGCGCCGCCGAUUAAUCUCGAGAUUAUCGAAUCCGCCAAGUCGAUAUCGCCGCGAUAUGAGCGGACGGCGUCGCGAGCGCGUAUCCGCCCGGGUCGCGGCGCGUCGCUGAAUCGACGCUCUAGCGUCCACGUUGUCGGUGGCCGUAAACACCGCGUAUACGUAAAUACGGACGUGCACGCACACGGCGCGCGUCGCCUCUCUGUACGUGUGUACGUGUUGCGCGCCGCUGGGACACACAUACACACGCCGUUCUCGUAGCGGCGAGUCUCGGCGCCUCCGGAGUUGCUUUCCGACUUUUCUCGCGAAUCGAAGGUGCGGAGGAACGCGUGCGCGCGCCAACGAGCGAGACGGCCCCGCUGUUGCCGAUCGCCGGCUCGAGAGACGUCUCGGCACCGUGUUCCGAGCAGAUACGAGUGCGUGCGGGAGGAGCUCGCCGCCGCCGCUGUGAAACGGCGCCCUUAGAGAGGUUAGAAUCGGGACGUCCGGCCUCGAGAACGGCGCGGCUCGAGCGGCCCGCGGAAGCGGUGAAUUUUGCGCGAGUGUCGAGAGACUUUCGAGGAUCGCCUUGGUCGUCGACGACGGCCGUCGCGACGGACAAACACGGGCCGCGGUUUCUGUGAUAAAGGAGGGGACGCCCGCGUACGUUCGCCGAGCGUCGCGCUCUACGGUCGACUGGUCGAGUGGUCGGCGACGACAGUAUAACGACAUCAACAACGACGAAAACGACGGUGGUGAUGCUGGUGGUGUAAGGACAAUCGCGCGGGAUGAAAAAAUGAUGUGAUCGACGGUCAUCAUGGCGGCACCCAUGCUAAAGUGGAAGCGGAUCGCGAAUCCGACCGGGCCCCAGCCGCGACCCAGGCAUGGCCACCGGGCGGUCGCCAUCAAGGAUCUCAUGGUUGUUUUCGGCGGCGGGAACGAGGGCAUCGUCGACGAGUUACAUGUGUACAACACGGCAACGAAUCAAUGGUUCGUGCCAUCUACAAAGGGAGACAUUCCGCCAGGUUGUGCAGCAUAUGGCUUUGUUGUCGAUGGCACACGUAUUUUUGUCUUCGGUGGAAUGGUAGAGUAUGGCAAAUAUUCUAACGAGCUGUAUGAAUUACAAGCGAGUCGGUGGGAAUGGAAGCGUUUGAGGCCAAAGCCACCUAAGCACGAGCCCCCGCCGUGCCCACGAUUAGGGCAUAGUUUCACCCUCAUUGGUAAUAGGGUCUUCCUUUUCGGGGGUCUGGCGAAUGAAAGUGACGAUCCGAAAAGUAAUAUUCCGAGAUAUUUAAACGAUUUGUACACGCUCGAACUCCUUCCUAAUGGCCAAACAGCCUGGGAUGUGCCGCAAACGCACGGACACGCGCCACCUCCUAGAGAAUCCCAUACUGGAGUGGCGUACACUGAUCGUACCACAGGCAAAUCUUGGCUGGUGAUAUAUGGUGGUAUGAGCGGUUGUCGUCUAGGUGAUUUAUGGUUCCUCGAUGUUGAUUCAAUGACAUGGAACAAGCCAGUGGUUCAUGGACUUACCCCUCUACCACGGUCGCUUCAUACUGCCACCCUAAUCGGUCAUCGAAUGUAUGUAUUUGGGGGAUGGGUGCCAUUAGUCGUUGAUGACGUUAAAGUCGCGUCACACGAGAAAGAAUGGAAAUGCACAAGCACGCUAGCAUGCUUAAAUCUAGAAACACUUACUUGGGAACAACUAACCGUUGAUUCCUUGGAGGAAAAUGUUCCUCGUGCUCGUGCUGGUCAUUGUGCUGUUGGUGUACACAGUAGACUUUACGUAUGGUCUGGUAGAGAUGGUUAUCGCAAAGCUUGGAACAACCAGGUUAGGGUGUGUUGCAAAGAUCUGUGGUAUCUUGAAGUCAGUAAGCCAGCGGCACCUUCCAGAGUUCAGUUGGUUAGAGCUUCCACGCAAACGUUGGAAGUCAGCUGGACAGCAAGCCCGUCCGCGCAAUAUUAUAUCCUUCAAAUACAAAAGUAUGACAUGCCACCGGUAGCGGCGACCGCUACUUUCUCUUCAGUGAGCGCACCGACGCCGACUGCGCCUAUCGUCAGUACUCCUAUUGCGGUAACAACCUCUGCGAUGGUGGCGUCUCCCGCGACAGUACCUAUCACAUCUCCGCCUGUGACUACUGUCGCUGCUCUUCCUCCGACUACACCGCCUGUUGCCGCUGCCGCUAGAGCAUCUGUAGCGACAGCUGUGGCAACGGCAGUGGCAACUCCGUUGCGAGUCCAAAGUGCGAGCCCCGUGCAGAAACCAGUACCGUCGCAAGCGGUGCAGAAGCCCUCGAGUCCUAUGACCCCGAGAGUCGCGACCGGCAACGUUAUACGUAUCCGAUCUCCUCUGGUCACUACCACAGCAACAGUGGCUGCAGCGACGGCGGUUGCAGCUGCUACCACUGAGCAACAACAAACAACUGCAACUGCUACUACUACGAUUACAACUGCAGCUGGUCAAACGCCCGCUGCCAUGUCUGGAAUCGCCGCUUUGGCCGCGGCAGCAGCAGCCACCCCGAAGAUUACCAUGAACAAUGUCUCGAUCGUGCCACAGACUGCAGUCGCAGCUGCGACCGCAACCAACACCAUAAGGAUGAAGAACGUUCAACCAGGUCAACAGAUACGUUUUGCCGCGCCCGGCGCCACAGUAUUGCGCACUGCCUCGCCACAACAGAGCAAGCAAAUCAUACUGCAAAAGCCUGGCCAAAAUAUACCCGGUCAGCCGCAGAUCGUGCAUCUUGUGAAGACCGGACAAGGCAUGAUGGCCACAGUACCCAAGGUGAGCCUUAUUCCUGGCAAAGGUGUCCAAGCAACCGGCGCAAAACCUCUCAAUCAGGGACCAACAAUAUUGCGGUUGGUAAAUCCUAACACGGUUGCGGGAUCAAAAAUCCUUACGACUAUGAAGACAUCCAACUUAGUGACGAUGAGCAAAGGACAGAACAUUACGGGCAAGCAAACCAUAAUGAUUACUAAGCCGACGGGAAACAGUGGUCUAGUCGGAAGAGCCAAUCAGUUCAUCGUGGUCACCACAGGCUCUGGUCUAAGAGCUGUACAAGCUGUAACAACAUCGCAAGCUGGUGCAGGACAAGGAGCUACUCCCGUAGCUACUCCUGUAAACGUCUUGCCGUUGUCAGCUACCAAUCACGUCACGAAUCAGCAGGGUGUCAAGAUGAUAGUGGUUUCCUCCGGGGCAAUGGGUGGUGGAACUGCUGGCAAGCCGUUAACUAUCACGGUUCCGGGGCAAGGCGGUGUACCAAAGACAGUGACUAUUGCUGCAAAGAGCGGUACGCAAACCAUCUUCAAUACUGGCAAAAAUCAACUCGUUACCGUGCCGCAGAUACAAAAGACGCCUGAAGCGGUAGCAGUAUCUGGAAAGCCAGUGACUUUACAAAUGCCUGCGGGUAUAAGUGCAAAGACGGUAACGCUUUUGCCAACAAGUAGUAGUUCCAUAGUAACUACUUCUAGCGCAUCAGAUUCAAUAGAUACUAGCAAAAUGCUGUUUGUUUCUUCGCAAAAACAACCUUCAGCCUCCCUAGCAUCUACUUCUGACGGUCCUGCUACUACCGAUGCUGCAUUAGCUGCAUUGGCAGCAGAAGCUGGUCUGAUAGAUCCAGUCCAGGAACCAUCUGGUGGUUUAUCAUUCAUGGUAGCUACAGAUGAUGGUGCUGGUGGCGACGAUAAAAUGGAGGAUAGCUGUAACGGUAACGAGGCGACCACAGCGGCCGCCCUAGUUUCUCAGAUGGGUGCAGGAGAACCGAUGCAAGUCGACGGCGACGGAAACUUCGUACUUCCGCAAGUAGAUGGUCCGAUAGAUGAUCUCUUACUGGAAGGUGAAGAAAAAAUGGACGUAGAUGAAAAACCAGCUUCAGACAAUGCCAGCGAAUCGGCUGGCACUGAAUCGGUGGCGAUAACGGAACAAAACGUUAAUGAAUCUGAAAAUAUUCAGGCAGAGGAUUCGGCCGUAAAAAAGGAAAUUGACAUAAAGGAUGAAGAAGAAGCGAAAACAGCCGACCUUCCCGAAUCGAUCACCACCAGUCAAACCAAAAAAGCUGAAGAUGUUGAUAAUCCACCAGUCGGUGACGAAGUACCUAUGGAAACUGAUGACAAUGCAGAGUUACCAAAUGAAAAAGAGGUAAAGGAACCAAUAGUCAAUGACGUAAUAAAAUCCGAGUUGCCUUUAGUACAAUCAUCCGCGGAGGCUUCAUCUGAACACACGCCUUCAGCGGACGUCGCGAAUUCGGCAAUGGAAGUUGACGGAACUCGGCAAGAUGAGAACAGCCAAGUGAAAGAUGUAAAGAAUAAAUCGUUUUCUGAGGACGAAAAACCGCUAAUUACUGAAGAUUUACUUACCGAAGAUACGGAAGCAUCGCAUCCUCCCCAAAGCGAUACUCUUAAAGUUGAAAAGAUGAAAGAAGAAGCCGCAGAACUGGAAACUGAUCUUCCAACCAGUUCUCCUGUAAAAUCGAAUGACACCGAUGAACCGGCGAUCACUGAUAACAGUACAUCGCCUCCGACAGAUAAUGUAAUGGUCCCCACUGUUACACCGAGCGUCCAAAUGAAAUUGGAACCGAACGAUGAAUCUACGAAACCUACGCCACCUACGGAACAAGUUAAAUUGCCGGAUUUGCCCGUAUCAUCGGUCAAUGGUGUCGCCGCACCUCUCGAAAAGGAAAUGGAAAAAGUACAUACUCCCGUAAAAAUAGAGAUAAAAGAUGACUUCGCUGUUCAAAAGCGAGAAAAUCAGAAACAGGAAAAAAUCAACGAUGUCAGAUCAGAAACUGGAGAUGAUUCGACAGCGUUGACAACACUGGCUACUGCUGCUUUAGGAUCGGCAGAGCCAACGAUAAAAGUUAAAAAUGAACCGACCGAGGAGGAGAAAAAAGAGGCAGAAUGGUAUGAUGUGGGAGUGAUAAAAGGAACUAGUUUUACCGUUCAACAUUAUUAUCUUCCUGACGAUGAGCCGUUAGAUAUAACGCAAUCUUUGACAAUGGAUGUUUUUAAAGGACGAGCUAAAAUAGCGUUAGAACCCGGUACUGCCUACAAAUUUAGAGUUGCCGCUGUGAAUAGUUGUGGACGAAGUGCCUGGAGCGAGGUAGCGGCAUUCAAGACGUGUCUUCCGGGAUUCCCGGGUGCACCGAGCGCUAUAAAGAUAUCAAAAUCCGUGGACGGUGCACAAAUUUCUUGGGAACCGCCGCCUAGCAACGUUGGACCCAUUCUCGAGUAUUCCGUCUACCUGGCAGUGCGAAGUACCGCGUUGAACAAUGACGGAGAACCAAAAACAGUUGUGUCGAAUCCAAAUCAAUUAGCUUUUAUUAGAGUUUAUUGCGGUUCGAGUAAUUCUUGUUCGGUGAACAAUAGUGCCCUUAAUGCCGCUCACGUGGACACCACUACGAAACCGGCCAUAAUCUUUAGAAUAGCAGCACGAAACGACAAGGGAUAUGGACCAGCCACUCAAGUCAGGUGGUUGCAAGCAGAUCCAACCACUGCAGUGAAAAAUAAUCCGCAAGUGAAGAGACCCGCCAAUACAACAGACCUACGUUCGCAAGUGACUUCCCCACAGAAGAAAAUGAAAAUGGAACCAGCUAGUGAUAAUUUCUCGUGAGCCUGUUCUCUCCCUGGCCUCGUACAGCCGAAACUCCCAUGAGCAACGCUACUCAUUAUUUAAUUUCUAUAUGCCUAACAACGAUAAUGAAAUCAAUGUAUUAUCAGCUAAACGACGUGAUAAACAAGUAAACGAAAAACAUGAUCGUGCGAUAAGAAGCGACGAGAGAAAAAGUGGGAGAGAGAAAGAUAGAGCGAAAAGAGGUAUCCGUAGACUUAAGUCUAUGUGUAAGAAUUGGGGAAGAAAAGUAUUUUUAGUGUUCAGUAUGUGAACGUCAACUUUAUGUACCGUGUUUCUUACUCACUGUCAUCCCAUUUUUUCGUAAGAGUGCGCGAGAAUCUUCUUUGUAAAAAGUACCGUUAAUAAAUGGCGACAUGGUUAUUUUUUUGCAGUUAAGUAAGUUUUUCCAUGUUUAUAGCGUUUUCUAACGGACGGUACGACAUAUCGCAUCUAAAUGCUCAUACUUGCAUCACGUAAAAUCACGAUUGACACGUUCGCGCUUUUAUGAUUUCCUCGUUAUCUGACAACCGAUUAGUUUGACGAGUAUGAGGUGUUAUAUGGGAAUGAAUAACCGAACAGGAUUCAUAUUCGAUAUUUUACAUAUUUGUUUAAACGAUUAUACAUAUAUAUAUAUAUAGAUUCGAGAAAGAUCUAUUUUAAACAUCUAAAUUCUUUAUAAUAUAUUUAUCAUUAACGGAGUAUCUGCAAUUCUUUUUGCAUUCACUACUGUACGCGGAGAAAGCUCGCUUUUGAGAUGUAGGUUAUUUAGUGUACAUAAAAAUUCUUGCACUGAGAAAAAUGUGUUUAUCAUAUUCUGAGGUAAUAAAAUAAAUACUUUUUGAUAAGGUAGAAUAAUUGGGAGAUAUAUAUAUAUUGUCUAACCUUAAUUAGUCUCCUAUUUCAAUCUGCUCGUUUAUGUUUCAGUUUUACAUAGUAAGAGAAGCUUUUAUUGUGUCAUCGAUCCAGUUUUAAACGUGACAAUCGGAGCUACACAUUAUUCCGAUACUUUUGUUACUGCCAAAUGCGACAGGAAUACGUUAUCGAUACUAGAAAGCAACUCGUGAUGUAAAAUUACCUAUUAAACAUGUGUAAUACUAAGUUACUUUUUGUAUGCUUUUGUCAAACAAUUGCAACGAUGCAGAGAUAUUUUGUAUAAUAUAUAUAUUAAAUGAAUUACUACAUGUAAAAUUAAUGAAUAUCUCUAAGGAUCGGGCACUAGGAUGGUUAUUGAUAUUUUAGUGGAUAAAAGAAAACUCCAUGGAAAGUUAAGGAUAUUUUUAGACAGCAACGAAACAAUGGUUUGAAUAUUGAUAUAUCUGAAUAACGGUAGGCUGUAUGUCCUUAACAUAAAUUCUAAUCUUUUAUAGUGCUAAGGCAAGUAAAUAGCAAAUAAUUGGAAGAUUAAUGUGCGAAGGAAAGGUAAGAGAGAAACAUACGUUGUCACAUUAAAGGGAGAUAUGUAACACUCCACACUUUCUUUGAACAUAAUAUUAUAUUUUAAUCAAAAUACUGUAUAAGCUUUUCGAAUCAAUCGAAAAAAGUUGAUUACAGAAGCUGUCGGCAGUCUCGCUUCUCUCAAUUGACUUUGGAGCUACGUUGAAGCUGCAAUAAUUUAAGCGCAUAUUUUUAUUUUAGAUUAUCCAUAUACAUAUGCUUUUCGUUAUCCAUUUAUAGCAUAAGCAAGGUAGAACACCAUAUCUACUAACACAGCGUUCCAAACGCUCAAUCUGUUAUAUUAAAGUUUUGCGUUUACAAAGUUUACUUUACUAGGAAAUCUGUAUAUUAUAGAAAGAUUAUCUCCAACCACGAGAUUACUCUCGUGGUACCAAUGAACUUUACAUUAAAUGUACAAUUGCAAUUGUUUAUCCCUUUACAUGGGUUCUUAUACCCGACAUUCUUAGAAGCAUUGCCUGGAAAUACAGAUGAAGAUAAUACAUGAUAAUAUAAAUGGGAUAACUAAAUGGUAUAUACUUUCAAAUGCAUUGUUUUAAUAAGGUUCUUCUUGUUGAUCCUCUAAAAAACGAGAGAAAAGAGGAACGACUGUCUCGGUACUAUUAAUGAUCAACAAGAAGUUAUCUUCUGUAUAAUUUUAUUUGUAUAUUUUGUUAACAGGAGAUGACACUAAUCUGUAUCUGUGUACACAAGCCUUGUGCAUAAAAAGAUCUUGGAAUUGUCACUACCACCACGCGUCUCACCGGUAUCCCUUUCUUUGUAAAUCGCCUGCUACCACUGCAUUUAUACUCUUCACCGAAGUAUGUCGUGCAAAUAAAUAUAGAUAAAUUUCUUAUACAA